AUGGCGGCGGCCGCUAGGGUCCUGACGGCGGCGGGGGCUAUGCAGGGCUCCCAUGCCGGGAAGUGCGGGCUUCUGUUUCAGAGGCGCCCUUUUGCCGCGAGGCCUGGCGCCGUCCACUUUAGAUCGAAGGGUCUCCACAAGGCCUGCCGGGCGCUCUACCAGCCGGACAUCCAGAUCAAGGAGGAGGGACAGCCUGAGACUCUUGACUACCGCGCCUUCUUCCUCGAUGGCUCCGGUAAGAAGGUAAGGUUCCUCUCUCUCUCUCUCUCUCUCUCUCUCAGAGUCACAUAGUUACAGUUUCUAGUUUUAUAUGACUGAUGGGUGGUUUUGGGAUGAAAUGGGGCUACUCUCGCAGAUUUCUCCAUGGCACGAUGUCCCGCUGCAUUUGGGGGACGGGGUUUUCAACUUCAUCGUAGAGAUACCGAAGGAGACGAGCGCGAAGAUGGAGGUGGCGACGGAUGAACCGUUCACCCCCAUCAAGCAGGAUACGAAGAAGGGGAAGCUCCGAUACUACCCGUAAGUCUCUUGCACUCCCAUCAACCAAGGAAAUCGUUGGAACUAAUUUCAUAUAAUGCUACGAUUCUCUAUGAUCGUCAAGUCGAUAGAGACUUUCUGCUCGUAAGAUUGUCAUGGAGACAUCGUCAUUCCCGUGAGAUCAUCUCAGUGCAUUUACCAUAAAACGAGGAGCCUUUAAAAUUUAAUACAUAUUUUAUUUGAUCCUUGAAUUUAUCUACCAUAUGUCCAGAUACUUGGUGUGUAUUUUUGGAAAUAUCUCAGGAAUAAGUUUGUCAUAAUGUUCUUAGAGCAUUUUUUCGUGGGAUUUUGUGCAUUUAAUUAUGAAUUCUCUUCAUUAUACUAACAGGUACAACAUAAACUGGAAUUAUGGGCUGCUUCCUCAAACUUGGGAAGAUCCAUCCUUUUCAAAUGAAGAAGUUGAUGGGGCCUUUGGGGAUAAUGAUCCAGGUAGCUUACUGGCCUUCCGAUUUUCGUUUACUCCGACAGAUGAAUGCAUAUAUUUGCAGUCUCUGAUGUUCUUCUGGUUACUUUCUCAUUUCUGCUCCUAGUUGAUGUUGUGGAGAUCGGCGAUGCUCGGGGGAAGAUUGGUCAGAUUCUCAAGGUCAAACCUUUGGCAGCUUUGGCAAUGAUUGACGAAGGGGAACUUGAUUGGAAGAUCGUUGCUAUUUCCUUGGAUGACCCACGGGCUUCACUCGUCAACGAUGUUGAUGACGUCGAAAAGCAUUUUCCGGUACAAUUUGAACCAUUACAUGCCUAAAAUUUGAAAGAAUGUCCAUAUUUCCAUUUCCGCUGCUUAAUGCACUUCUUACAUGAUGUUUUUAAGAAACUGCACGGAUGAAAGGUCCUUUUUUUGGAAAUAUAAUGGAUCUUUCUGUUUGCAAUUCCAGUGGGCAUCUACAUCUUCCAUGGAAAGAUUAGAUGAUUGUCCCAUCCAGUGAUCAUGAUGUUUGCGCUAAUAAUGACAUAUUAUUCAUUUAUUUAAUGUGGAAAGAUACAGAAUCGCAUCAGCUACAAGCUUCCACUUGUGUUUGCUGUAUGCUGUAAGCUUGUAGAGUGUCUAGCUGCUUACUCUACUUCGAGGAUCAUUUCAUGUAACUAGGGAAAAUUCCUUUGCCUUUCUGAUUGGCCUCAUAUGUAGAUUCACUGUCCAUAGAUAUCAUCGUGUUGUUUUUGUCUCAUGCUCAUGUCACUGGAAUAGCUUCUGAAGGAUCUAUCCUUAACAAUAUUGCUGUGGUUUUUAUGGAUACAACUUGACUAUGGAAUUACAUUCCUCACACCAAUCUGAAUCAUGCUCCUUCAUUGAUUUUAGAACCUGUAGUGUAUGAUGAUGUGCUCCAUGUCUCUUAAAGCACUCUAGGUUGUGUCAUUUUUCUGGUAGCCCCAGCACUAUUACUUCUGGCUCAUAUUUGGGUUGGAACCAGUUUUCUGAUUAGCUGUUUGUCGAACAUAAUUGCUUGCCUGUUUCUUGCAUAGAUGGUGAUAUCACGUCCUUUUUUUUUCUUUUUUUUGGAAUCUUCUUGGUUUAAUUGCAUUGUUUUACUGAUCAUUUAGGGGACUCUGACUGCCAUAAGGGAUUGGUUUAGAGACUACAAGAUCCCAGAUGGAAAGCCUGCCAAUAACUUUGGCCUGGGCAAUAAGCCAGCCAGCAAGGUAUCAUUUUUUGCCCACUUGGUUUCUCUCAAACUUAUCAAGUCGCUCUUUUCCUGCUUCAUAGUUUCAUUACAUGCACCUCUAUCCUCAGUUUUUCUGGUGUUUCCUUUGGUCUUCUAUGCUUUGUAUAAUAUUAUUAAAAAUAAAAUCAUUAUUUUUCUUUAGAAAGAUUAAAAAUUACAAUAUAGGACUAAUUUCAUUGGAGGGUUUUAGAUCAUUUGUAGUAAUUUCAUGUGUGUGAGAAAGAGAGAUUUUCUACGUUUUCCAGUAUUUUUUUUAUGUUUUUUUCGUGUGAACCUUUGCCUCCUCUCUGUACGAAGCUUUUGGAUACUACUGACAAGUUCUUAGUCAAUGGAUAGAGAUGCUUGAAUGAUCAUGUCACUACUCUCAGGUCAAAUGGCGUUUACUCUCUUUAGAACGUAAUAUUUUUGGUGGAAAAUAUAUGUCAGCCUGUAGUGCUCAGGCUGGUGAUCUUGAGGACCCAAUCUAUCCAAAUGGCGGAAGCAAUGGGUGAUGUGCAGACUGUUUUAGACUAUUUAGACACGUUGAAAAAUCUCUGUAACCCUUUCCUUUUCAGAGUAUUUCAGUCAGUUCCACUUGAAACUGCCCCAAAACAAGCACAAUUAAGGAAAUAUCAGGCUUCGAUUGACCCAUAAUUAAGCAAACAUGCAUGUUUAUGAAGGAGUAUUUCACCAUACAUUCAUUUAUUUAAAAGGAACGAGUCAUUUGCAUGUAUUUUCAUGCUCUUCCUUGAGGCAGCGUUGACUUUUCAAAGACUCCAACCACACGAAAAUCCAUGAUUACUCCAAUCCCCUCACCACUGGCAUUUAAUUAAAUCUAGUAAAUGUGGGCUUUUGUUCUGCAUGAUUAAUUAAACCCAUCAAUCAUCUCCAGCACGCAGGUUUUGCCUGCCUAAAAUCAGAUUUAUGUUAUUUUUAUUAAUAUUAUUAAUAUUCAGCUCGCGUGUUAUUGCCUGCCUCUCUUGCAUCCAAGUUCUGAUUUAAUUAAUUAAUUAAUUAAUUAAUUUCUUCCUUUUCUUUGGGAAACAGGAAUACGCUCUCAAGGUUAUCGCUGAAACAAACGAGUCGUGGGCUAAAUUGGUCCGAAGAUCCGUUCCUGCGGGUGAACUGUCCUUGGCCUGA